GUCAUUGAGUGGCGGAAGCUGCUAGACUUCGAGAUGUCACGUCCCGAGAAUUUGAAGGCCGAGAUGUCGCUACUUAAAGCAUUGCGUCACCCAGGGAUUGUAUCUCUCGAGCACAUCUACAGUACUCCAGAAACGCUCUUUCUGGUUAUGGAGAGAGCGUUUGGGGGGGAUUUUCUGGAUCGAAUCCUGAACUCUCCCCAAUCGCAUUUAUCAGAAAGACAUACAAAGUUCUAUCUGUGGCAAACACUGAUUUCACUGGUGUACCUGCACAAUAACAAGGUUGCGCACAGAGAUUUGAAGCCCGAGAAUGUGCUGCUGAGUACUUCGGAUGAGUUCACUCAAAGCAAACUGUGCGAUUUCGGAUUUGCCCGCAUUGUAGGCGAGGACUCUUUCAUGAAGUCUCUUGUGGGAACAAAGGCGUAUGUGGCUCCCGAAGUACUAGCAGUAGACUCCACUGGCGGAUACAAAUUAAAGAUUGAUCUGUGGUCAGUGGGUGUUAUCGCCUAUGUGAGUCUCAGCGGAACAUUUCCGUUUAAGGAAGAUGAGGCCAUCUCCCCCCGUGCGCUGCAGCCCAAUAUUCUUUUCCCUGCCAAACACUGGGGUCAUGUAUCUAAUGCCGCCAAACUUUGGAUAUUGAGAGCAUUCGAAUUUAACCCGGAGAAGAGAUUUAGUGCAGUCGAGGCUUUAAUGGACCCGUGGUUGCAGGACAAAAUUCUAAAGGGAGACUUAAAGAACCUGGAAUCGAGAUUGGGCGGAGCUCCCAUCAUGCAAAUGAAAGAGUUCCUUAGAGUCUAA